GCCGGUUGCCAUAAAGCAGUUCCGAAAACCUGGUACCCGCUCGUUCCAGCUUGAACUCUCUGCGCUAAUGCGAAUUGGGGUCCACCCGCACAUUGUGCGGCUUUUGGAGAGUUACAGCGGGGACAGCGAGGAUGCCCUGGUGUUGGAAUACUGCGACAGUCUCACCCUGUACGACCUGGUGGUCCGCCGGCACCACACCAAGGAACAGUUUGGAAAUCUUUUGGUCUCGAGGUUGAUCCACCAACUCCUCCUGGCAGUUGAUCAUGUGGCCUCCUGUGGCAUUUCCCAUCAGGAUGUCAAGCCGGAGAAUUUGAUGCUUUGCGACUUGAGUGUUGAAGAGGAGAGGGUCCGCCUGAAACUGGGUGACUUUGGUUGGGCGGUCCUCUCAGCAGAUCAGGGCCCACCGGCCCCAGCCGGGGCUGGUUCGCUUUGGUACGCUCCUCCCGAGUUGAACCCUCCCGUGGAUGGCACCUCGAUCUUCCCAGGAGCUGUGGUCGGCAAAAGCGACAUGUGGAGCUCAGGAGUUGUCAUUUACCUUCUGCUUGUGGGUCACAACCCCUUCUACGCAGCGAGCAAGUUGAAAGAUGUGCAUAAGGUGGAGCAGGAAGUCAUCCGAAUGGUGGCCAAAGGAAGCUUUGACAGGAGCUCUCCUGCUUGGACAGCGCUGUCCAAGGACGUAAAG